CUUAUAAAUAGGAUGGGUUUUCAGGUCUCCAGUAUCCUCUCUGGCUUCUGAUUUUCUGCUCAUUCUUCCUUAAGCAGGUUCACCUAUCUUGACCAAAAUGGCUCAACUCCUGAACAGCAUAUUCACUGUGAUUGAGGUGUUCAAGAAAUAUGCUAAACAGGAUGGGGACUGUACCUCACUAUGUAAGAAAGAGUUGAAGCAACUGCUUUUGGCUGAGUUUGGAGACAUCCUCCGGAGACCAAAUGAUCCAGACACAGUGGAAAUCAUUUUCAGCCUCUUGGAUCGAGACAGAAAUGGACGUGCUGAUUUUCAUGAAUAUCUCUUGUUGGUGUUCCAAUUGGCCCAAGCCUGCUAUCAUAAGGUGGAUAAUGAGACAUGUGGAGACAGAACCUCCCAGCAAGAAAGGGAACAAGAGGAAAUACGAGACCAUAGGUUUCCAGGAAAUACAGGCAGACAACACAGGCAGAGGCAGGACUCCCCCUGUAGUCAGUCUGAGAGGCAAAACCAGGAUGUCCACCAGGAUCAGUCUGAGAGACAAGAUAGGGACUCCAGUUCUGGUCAAAGACUAAGUCAUAAAUGUAGCAGUGGCCAGCCUAAAAGACAAGGACAUACCUUUGCCUUAAAUCACUGUGAGAAACAAGUUCAGGAUUCUCAUUAUAGCCAGUCUGCAAGGUUUGGACAACAAGUAAGUGGUAGCCAGUUAGGAAGACUUGGAGAAAACUCUUGCUCUACCCAGAUAAAACAACAGAAAUCAGGCUCUUAUUUUGGACAGUCUGGGAGGCUGGGCCUGGAAUCGAGUCAGAGAGAUAGGCAAGAAUUGGAUUUCCAAUAUGGCCAGACAGAGAGACAAGGCCAGAGUUCCUACUAUAGUCUGACAGACAGACGAGGUCAGAGUAAUCAUUUUGGUCAGACAGACAGACGAGGCCAAUGUUCCCACUAUGACCAGACAGACAGACAGGGCCAGAGUUCCCACUAUGAUCAGACAGACAGACAGGGCCAGAGUUCCCACUCUGGUGAGACAGACAGACAAGGCCAGAAUUCCCACUCUGGUGAGACAGACAGACGAGGUCAGAGUUCCCACUAUGAUCAGACAGACAGACAGGGUCAGAGUUCCCACUAUGGUCAGACAGACAGACAAGGCCAGAGUUCCCACUCUGGUGAGACAGACAGACAAGGCCAGAGUUCCCACUCUGGUGAGACAGACAGACAAGGCCAGAGUUCCCACUCUGGUGACACAGACAGACAGGGCCAUAGUUCCCACUAUGAUCAGACAGACAGACGAGGCCAGAGUUCCCACUAUGAUCAGACAGACAGACAAGGCCAGAGUUCCCACUCUGGUGAGACAGACAGACAAGGCCAGAGUUCCCACUCUGGUGAGACAGACAGACAGGGCCAGAGUUCCCACUAUGAUCAGACAGACAGACGAGGCCAGAAUUCCCACUCUGGUAAGACAGACAGACGAAGCCAAUGUUCCCACUAUGGUCAGACAGACAGACAAGGCCAAUGUUCCCACUAUGGUCAGACAGACAGACAAGGCCAAAGUUCCCACUCUGGUGAGACAGACAGACGAGGUCAGAGUUCCCACUAUGAUCAGACAGACAGACAGGGUCAGAGUUCUCACUAUGGUCAGACAGACAGACAGGGCCAGAGUUCCCACCAUGAUCAGACAGACAGACGAGGCCAAUGUUCCCACUCUGGUGAGACAGACAGACAAGGCCAGAGUUCCCACUUCGGUCAGACAGACAGACAGGGUCAGAGUUCCCACUAUGGUCAGACAGACAGACAAGGCCAGAGUAAUCAUUUUGGUCAGACAGACAGACAAGGCCUGAACUCUCAGAAUGGUCAGUCAGAGACUGGGGAAACUAGGCAAAGUAGGUACUUCCAAGGCAGUGAGGAAACAUGCAGAGACUCAUAUAUUCAGCAAGCAAGAAGUUCAAGGAGACCAAGUCAAGAGACUCAAGGACAGGAAUGGAACCGAAAUCAGAGACAGAGACUCCACUCUGGGGAAGGGCAGCAGAGUAGCACCCAGGUGUGGGAGUCUGAUGAAGAUGACCAAUCUCAGCAACAUAAACUUGUGGCACAGAUCCAGCACGAAAGGUCUGUAUGUCACAAAGGGAGUGACUGGCAGCUGAGCAGUAGUGUGCAGGGUAACAGACAGGCCCAAAUGGGGCAGAACUGUGAUGAGGGCUGCAGCCACCAUGCAGAGGAAGAACAGGGCCAACACCAAAACAGGGGCACUCACAGCCACGAGGGUCAGGAAGCUUCAUGUGAGACAUGGGGCAAUGAAACCCAUGAGGAGGAGCAGAGACGUCAGCAAAGGGGCAGACAAGCCCAUGCAGAAGAUCAAAGCUCUCAGCGACAACGGAAUAAGUCAACCCAUGAGGAGAAAGAAAGGUAUCCAGAGCACCAGGACCAACGAUCCCACUGGGCCCAGCAAGGCUGUGUUAACAGAGAAAAAUCCCACCUAAAUGAACAUGGCCAGAGCCGGGGCUCCCAGGGGAGACACAGUGCGCUGGCCUUCAACCCAGCCCAGAUUGACAGGAGGCCCCAAAGAAGAGAACAAGGCAAAAGUCACCCUGCCAGUGCAGCCAUUGCUCUCACUCCCCUCUAUGACUAUGUACGAGAGCAGAGAACCAACCAUCGGCACUAGGCCAUGCACACACGAGUGCAGAGGAAAUACAAAGCUGAACAAGAAAUCUGUGUGUCAAGUUUAUCCUUAUUUCUGUUCAAGAGAGGAAAACGCAUGGCUUCCUUCUCUCCUCAACUCUUAUCUAUGUGCAGGGAUGCUUUUGAGGACUCGUAUUCACUUUUUAGGCCAUUUCAGUUCUUUGAGCAGCAGUUCUAGGGUGUUCUGUUUAGAUGAAAUUUGAGUAGUAAAUUGGGUGAAAUAAUCAGAUCCCAAUUUUUAUUAAUUUGGGGAUUUAAAUCAUUUCCUGGUUUGUCUUCCAUGUAGAUGAGACAUGGUUGGAUCAUUGAAAGUAGAACUUUUGCCCCAA